GUCCCGCUGAUGAAGAGGAGGUGAGGCCUGAGCUGUAGUUACCGCUGGUGCCGUUCCCUUUGGGACACUUGUCUUCUUCCUGCCUCCCCUCCCGGCCCCCUGGGGCUGCGCGGAGCGAUCCCGAUGCCGAAGAACAGCAAGGUGACGCAGCGGGAGCACAGCAGCGAGCAUGUCACCGAGUCGGUGGCCGACCUGCUGGCCCACGAGGAGCCCGUGGACUACAAACGCAGCGUCCUCAACAUGACAGGCGAGACCUGGGACAAGCAGAAGGACGUGGAGGACGAGCUGGAGGCGGAGAACCGGCCGGCGUGGAACAGCAAGCUGCAGUACAUCCUCGCGCAGAUCGGCUACUCCGUGGGGCUGGGCAACGUCUGGCGGUUCCCCUACCUGUGCCAGAAGAACGGAGGAGGCGCCUACCUGGUCCCGUACCUGGUCCUGCUCAUCAUCAUCGGCCUCCCCCUGUUCUUCCUGGAGCUGGCAGUGGGGCAGCGGAUCCGCCGGGGCAGCAUCGGCGUCUGGAAUUACAUCUGCCCCCGCUUGGGGGGCAUCGGAUACGCCAGCUGUCUCGUGUGUUUUUUUGUCGGUCUCUAUUACAACGUCAUCAUUGGCUGGAGCAUCUUUUACUUCUUUAAGUCCUUCCAGUACCCUCUUCCCUGGAGCGAGUGCCCCAUCGUGAAAAAUGGCACGGUGGCCGUUGUGGAGGCCGAAUGCGAGAGGAGCUCAGCCACCACCUAUUUCUGGUACCGGGAGACCCUGGACAUCUCUAACUCCAUCUCGGAGAGCGGGGGCCUCAACUGGAAGAUGACCUUGUGCCUGCUGGUGGCCUGGAGCCUUGUUGGCUUGGCUAUGAUCAAAGGCAUCCAGUCCUCAGGGAAGGUCAUGUAUUUCAGCUCGCUCUUCCCCUACGUGGUGCUGGUUUGCUUCCUGGUCCGGGGCCUUCUGCUGCGAGGGGCAGUGGACGGGAUCACGCACAUGUUCACGCCCAAGCUGGACAAGAUGCUCGAUCCUCAGGUGUGGCGGGAGGCAGCUACACAGGUUUUCUUUGCCUUGGGCCUCGGUUUUGGGGGGGUCAUCGCCUUCUCCAGUUACAACAAGCAAGACAACAACUGCCACUUUGACGCAACGCUUGUCUCCUUCAUCAACUUCUUCACCUCUGUCCUGGCCACCCUGGUUGUGUUUGCUGUGCUGGGCUUCAAGGCCAACAUCAUGAAUGAGAAAUGCGUGGUGGAGAAUGCUGAGAGGAUCUUGGGGUAUCUGAACACCAAUGUGCUGAGCCAUGACCUCAUCCCACCCCAUGUGAACUUCUCCCACCUCACGGCCAAGGACUACAAUGAGAUGUACAGGGUGAUCAUGACAGUGAAGGAGGGGCACUUCAAAGAACUGGGCUUGGAUGCCUGCCUGCUGGAGGAUGAACUCAACAAGUCGGUGCAAGGAACUGGCUUGGCCUUCAUUGCCUUCACAGAAGCCAUGACUCACUUUCCAGCUUCGCCAUUUUGGUCUGUCAUGUUCUUCCUGAUGCUAAUAAACCUGGGUCUGGGGAGCAUGAUUGGGACCAUGUCAGGCAUCACGACACCCAUCAUCGACACCUUCAAAGUGCGGAAGGAAGUGUUCACAGUUGGCUGCUGCAUCUUUGCCUUCUUGGUGGGCCUGAUCUUUGUGCAACGCUCUGGGAAUUACUUUGUCACCAUGUUCGAUGAUUACUCGGCCACACUGCCUCUCACUGUUGUGGUGAUCCUGGAGAACAUCGCUGUGGCCUGGAUUUAUGGCACCAAGAAGUUCAUGCAGGAGCUGACAGAAAUGCUGGGCUUCCGGCCAUAUCAGUUCUACUACUACACCUGGAAGUACGUCUCUCCCAUCUGCAUGGCUGUGCUCAUGACUGCCAGCAUCAUCCAGCUGGGGGUCAGCCCACCAGGCUACAGCGCAUGGAUCAGAGAGGAGGCUGCAGAAAAGUUCCUUUUUUACCCAACCUGGGCCAUGGCUAUUCUCAUCUCUCUGAUCAUCCUGGCAUCCCUUCCUCUGCCUCUGGUCUUCAUCCUCCGUCAGUUCCACCUUGUGUCAGACGGCUCCAACGCCCUCUCUGUCACCUACAAGAAGGGCCGGAUGAUGAAGGACAUCUCCAAUUUGGAAGACAAUGACGAGACCCGCUUCAUCUUGAGCAAAGUGCCCAGCGAGACCCCGUCCCCCAUGCCCACGCACCGUUCCUACCUGGGUCCUGGCAGCAACUCCCCCAUGGAAAUGAGCAAUGCCCCGAACGGACGAUAUGGGAGUGGGUAUUUACUGGCCAGCACCCCUGAAUCUGAACUGUGAUGGCUGCCUGCCUGCCACCCCCACCGGGAGAGAAGGUCACUGGGGAGUGGAUCCUAGCUGUCCAGGCAACAGGAAAAUUAAUUAAUAAAGAAAACAACAAAGAAGAAACCCCUCUUAGAAUCAAAAGCAGCCAUUUCCAAGAUGACAUCAGGAAGAAGGGAUUGCGGGAGGGGCAGGACUCUCCUCCGACAACCUUCGCCUGAAAGGCAGGACCCCUCAUAGCUUGCCUGUGGGGAAGGGAGGAGGAACAAGAGGUGCUGCAAUAUCUUUGAGGGUUGUUCUCAUGCAGCUUAAAGCUGAAGCAAAGAAUCUCACUUUCUGAGCAGCUGAUGGUUGGAAAAAGGACCCAGAGUAAGGUGGAAAGCCAGCCAUGCUUCCUCCUGUAACCCAGAGCUCUUCCCUCUGUUUUCCUUUAGCUGGGAGAAGUCAUGGCCUUAUUCCAACGAGCACAAUUAACCAUUGAUGUUCAUAGCACAAAAGGGUGCUGUUGUUGUCACCAUUGUUGUUGUAUUUCCUGUAGUUUUUAUAGCUGUGAACACACCCAAAUAACCCCAAAUUUUGACCAGGGUUGCCAGGGAGCAGUGCUGGGUUGGCUGAGUUGUUGCAAGGUGUGGGAUUGCUGAUGAUCCUUGCUAUCUGUUUUGUUACCACCAGCACAGAGACAGUGUCUGUGAGUUGUUCUGAGGCACGGGGAUCGCCCCCUCCAUGUGAAGAUGUGGCUA